AUGAGCGCAUUCCUUAGUCGCGCUGCCCUGGCAAGAAAUUCCUCCGCCUGCAUUCGCUCAUCCGCCCUCGCUCGCUUCACCUCUGCCUCCCCAAGGACACGUCUUGCAUCCAAUGGAACCCGCCAGCAGAUUCGUGCCAGAUUCUAUUCCUCCGAGAAGCAGACUCCCCCACCUUCCAACAAGAACAACAACAAUAACAACAACAACGACAAGAGCCCUACCCCUCAGUCAUUCGAGGCAUAUCUGACCAACCUGCUGCGCGAUGUCAUGAAAAAGACAGAGGGAAGCAAAGGUCAGGCUCCCAAGAACAAUGGCCAAGGCGGAAACCGCAACACUAACAACAACAAUAACAACAGCAACAACAACAACAACAGCAACAACAAUUCCCGCAAACCCACACCGGCACCUGAGGGCGGAAACAACAAUAACAAUAACCAACACUUCUACAGUAUGACACUCAACCCUGGCACAGUCUUGCCCUUGGCCUUCACUACCUAUGUCCUCUAUAAGGCCAUGUCACCCUCGGACAACACCCGAGAGAUCACCUGGCAGGAUUUCCGGUCGACCUUCUUGGACCGCGGAUUGGUCGAUCGCCUCGUUGUCCUGAACAAGAACAGAGUCAAGGUCUUCUUGAGGAACGACGGACAGGCAGGCUCCAUCCCUGGAACAUUAGGUCAGCCCUACGGAACGACAUACACCUUCUCAAUUGGUUCGGUCGAGGCUUUCGAACGCAAGCUCGACGAGGCCCAGUCGGAACUCGGCAUCCCAGGAUCGGAACGUAUCCCCGUCUCGUUUAGAGACGAGGUCAGCGUUCUCGGAACCUUGAUCCACUUUGCACCCACCCUGAUCUUGGUUGGAGUGUUGGUCUUCAUGGCCAAGAAGGGCGGCGGAGGCGCUGGACAAGGUAUCUUUGGAGUGGGCAAGUCAAAGGCAAAGCUGUUUAAUCAGGAGACAGAUAUCGCCGUCAAGUUCAAGGAUGUCGCAGGAAUGGACGAGGCUAAGCUUGAGAUCAUGGAAUUUGUCAAGUUCUUGAAGAACCCGGCGGCUUAUGAAAAGUUGGGUGCCAAGAUCCCCAAAGGUGCCAUCCUUAGCGGACCUCCUGGUACCGGAAAGACCUUGCUGGCCAAGGCGACUGCUGGAGAGGCAGGAGUCCCAUUCUUGAGCGUCUCGGGAUCCGAGUUUGUGGAGAUGUUUGUUGGAGUUGGAGCUUCGCGCGUCCGGGAUCUCUUUGCCAGCGCUAAGAAGCAUUCGCCUUGCAUCAUCUUUGUUGACGAGAUUGAUGCCAUCGGAAAGGCUCGUGGCAAGGGAGGUCAGUUCGGAGGUAACGAUGAGCGUGAGAGUACGCUGAACCAGCUGCUGGUCGAGAUGGACGGAUUCGGUUCGAGUGAGCAUAUUGUCGUGUUGGCAGGAACCAACCGACCGGACGUUCUGGACGAUGCCUUGAUGCGACCUGGGCGUUUUGACCGACACAUUGCCAUUGACCGCCCCGACAUCAAAGGACGUAACGACAUUUUCCAAGUCCAUCUUCGUCCUAUCAAAACUGAGGAGGAUCUUGCGAAGUUGGGCCAGAAGCUGGCAGCAUUGACCCCGGGAUUCUCUGGAGCAGAUAUUCACAACGUCUGUAACGAGGCUGCUCUGAUUGCUGCUAGACACAACAAAGAGACGGUCGUUGAGGCUGACUUUGAGGCAGCCAUCGAGCGUGUAAUUGUCGGUCUGGAGAAGAAGUCCAAGGUCUUGUCGCCCGAGGAGAAGAAGACAGUUGCGUAUCAUGAGGCAGGACAUGCUGUUGCUGGAUGGUACUUGGAGCACGCCGAUCCUCUUUUGAAGGUGUCUAUUAUCCCUCGUGGCGUCGGCGCUCUUGGAUAUGCCCAGUACUUGCCUAAGGACCAGUACCUGUACUCAACCCAUCAACUCAUGGACCGCAUGUGCAUGACUCUCGGAGGCCGUGUCUCUGAGCACAUCUUUUUCGGAACUAUUACCACCGGUGCCCAGGACGAUCUCCAAAAGGUCACUAAGAUGGCAUACGCCCAAGUGGCCACAUACGGAAUGGACGAUGAGUUGGGACCAUUGUCGUACGGCAAUCAAGACGACAAGGAUCAGUUCACAAAGCCUUACAGUGAAAAGACCGGACAGAUCAUUGACAACCAGGCACGGUCGUUAAUUGGCAAGGCGUUCCGCAAGACGACCGACUUGUUGACGGAGAAGCGUGCUGAUGUGGAGAAGGUGGCCAAGUUGUUGAUGGAGAAGGAAGUUCUGAACCGUGCUGACAUGGAGCGCCUUCUGGGCAAGCGUCCUUUCCAGGACAAGCUGCAUGAGUUGCUGGGUACUGAGGUUACCCCUCAGGAUGAAAAGUACAUUAAUCCUUCGGAUGCCUCUUCGCCCACUAUUUCUCCUAACACACCCGCCUUGUAA